AAAUUAAGGCUUUUCAGUCUAAAAGAAAGCCAACUGAGAGAGAGAGAGAGAGAGAGAGAAUGGAGGAGAAGCAAGGUGAAGUUGUCUUGUUUGGAACAUGGGCCAGUAAUCCCUGCACUAGAGUUGAGCUAGCCCUCAAACUAAAAGGCAUACCCUAUAAGUAUGUGGAGGAAGAUUUGAAAAACAAAAGUGAGUUGCUCCUUCGCCACAAUCCAGUCUACAAGAAAGUACCUGUACUUGUUCACAAUGGGAAAUCCAUUGCUGAGUCACUAAUUAUUCUUGAAUACAUAGAAGAGUGCUGGAAUACCACCCCAAAACUAUUGCCUGAGGAUCCUCACCAAAGGGCAAAAGUCCGUUUUUGGGCCAACUAUUACGAUCAAAAGGUUGUGCCAAUCUUCCACAGGGCCAAAGGCAAGGAAGAAAGAGAGAAAGCCAUUGAAGACUUGAGCCAAGUGCUUAAGGUGUUUGAAGAAGGUAUUGAAAAGGAUUUUCCGGGGCAGAACCCAUUCUUCAAUGGCGAGAGCUUAGGGUAUCUUGGUAUCUCUAUUGGCUCACAUGGAUGCAACUACAAAGCUGUUCAUGAGGCCAUGGAUGCGGUACUCUUAUCAGAAAAGAACCCAAAGUUUCUCUCAUGGGUCCAUGCUCUGAUGAACUGCCCUCUGAUGGAGGAGACACUACCGCCUCAUGACAAAUUGGUUGCCGGGAUCAGAGUCUGGCUUAAUUCUACUCAAGCUUAAUAUUGAAGCGGAAAGACAGGCUUACCCUGUAUCAAGCUCCGAGUGAUGAUGGUUGUACCUUUUAGUUGUUAGAAAUAAAUCCUUUUGUCUCGUAGCCAAAAAGAUAAAUGUAAGCAGAACUAUGGUGCAACUGUUUGGUUUCUAUAAAGGGUUGGCUGAGUGUUUUGUUUCUGCUGUUCAAUGCUUAAAACUCGCAUAUGUUAGAAAGAUUUCCAUUAAAUUUAGAAAUUGCAGCUUGUUAAAAUUGUAGAGAGAGAAGAUAGACUUUUCUC